CCCUCCCUCCCUCGGCGCCCCUUAGUCCCAAGCCAAUGGCCCCGGAGUAGUCGCGCUUGGGGCCCGAGCUCCGCCCCUGAGUCCAAAGGGCCUAGCCUGACUGCUACAUCCCGCCUCGAGCCUCCACAGCUUCGUCCCCCGAACAACUCGAGCCGGGCCUCGGGAGGUGAGCAGAGGCCAAGGAUUCAAGGCAGGCGGAAACAAAAGCCGAGCGGCAGCGCGAUUGGAUUAUGAUUCUUCCAUUGGUCUUAUAAAUGAAGCUGCAGGUGAGACGGAAGCCUACUGAGCUGCAAUGUCGAUUCCAUUCUCCAAUACCACACAACGCAUUCCUCCAGGGUUUGCAAAUCUGCUCGAAGGCCUUGCCAGGGAAGUCUUGAGAAGCCAGCCUGAAGAUAUUCCAAGCUUUGCAGCCAAGUACUUUGAAACUCUUCUCAUCGAAAGAGAAAAAACUGGAUAUGAUCCAAGUGAAUGGGGAGCAAAGCUAGAUGAUAGAUACUACAACAAUCAUGCUUUUAAUGAACUUGCACCACCAGGUGGUGGUGAUAAACUGGAGGAUAGUGGGGAAAAGUCUGCGGCAGAGCCAGAGGCGGGAACUAAGGCAAGCGGAGUCAAUUUAACAGAAGAACAAGCUGCUGUAAAAAUCCAGGCAACUUACAGAGGGUUCAAAACUCGGAAAGAUGUGAAAUUCCCAAAACAAGAUUUGAAAGAAGGAGAGGAAGAAGGAAAGGAGGAAGGAAAGGAAGAAGGAAAGGAGGAAAAAAAGGAAACUGGGCAAGAAGCUGGAAGAGAAACUGGAGAGGAGAAAGAGGCCAGCGAACCUGACAAUAAAGUGCAAUAGUAAUCGGAUACAGCAAUUCUGCCACCAGUCAAGUUUUAAAAUUGUCUGAAGCCAAAAGCCCCAUUGGUCUGCUUUAGAAGCGUGUCCCAAGUUUAUGAUAUAAACCACAGACUUAAAAAAAUGCAUCAUGUCAUUCUUGGUGCUUGCCGGCAGAUCAAUAAACUGAAUUGGAUUAACAUGCCAUUUUGGGUGACUACCUAUACUGGGAUUCAUACCAUUCCUUUAUUUUAAGUGUGAUAAAGAAGAAAAGGAUAUUUGAUGUUCUUGGUAUUCUGGAUAUCAAAGACCCACUUAGAUUAUUCUUUUUGUGAUCUCCCUCCCUUGUUAUGCCCAUGUGUUCCAUAUUCUUGACCUCUUUUUGGUUGGAUUUAUUGGGAUUGAAAUGGGGGAAGUGUUGUGCAGAAGUUAUUACACAUUUCCAUAUGCGUUUCAGUUUCUUUGAAGCCAUGAAAUCUAAACAACAAAGAUCCCCACUCCCAGAGUCAGGGGUUUUGCUAUCUGCCUUUAAAAACAUCCAAGAUUAUUUAUAUUGAUUUUGAAUGUUAAUACUGUACCUUCUAUCCCUAAUAUAUAGGGCUGGUAAAGUAUUUACAUACAAUAUUAGCCUUGAUUUUCACAGCAGUCAGAUCAGAAGGAAUGUGAUGACCUCUGCUCUGAAGAGGCACAUAUGUUUCCUUUUGUCUCAGUUAUUAUCACUGGUUUCUUCCCAAUCCCAGUUUCUGCUUUAUCUUCCUGUCCUGUUCCAUGGCAGAAUUUGUAUUCUAGGUUCCUUUUGAAAGGCCAAUCCAUGUGACCUGUGAAGUCUGUUGAUUUAUUUUUGACAAGACGGAGGUCCAUUUUGUGUAUGCUUCCUUGGAGGUACACACUCUGUAGUUGUGUUUAAGAGUGUAGCCUCAAUCUCGGUUACAAGAUUAAUUUAUAGGGAGGUAUCAUCUAGGUGGAGUAUGUGGCUAAUGACAUUGCCAUAGGAUGAUAAAAUGCUGUUGGUAUUUCACAAACAAGAUAAGAGUGAGGCAUGGUUGAAUUUCCAUUUCCAUAAACCAAAAAACAAGCAGAAGCUUUUGCCUAUGUAAGAUUGGAAAAGCUGUAUUUGAAGACGAGUUUCCAAAAUUUCACAACUAGCAUGAACAGUGGCCACGCUGACAGGCAGGGAGGACCCUCAUGUCAUUUAUCAUACAAAAAACUUGCUUUGUGCCCUCCCAUCUUCCUCCCAAGCUAAUGAACAGCUUCAGGAAUGCAGAAGCUUUUUCCUCUGAACGGUUUGGAUCCUUGGAAAAAGUCAGUCAGGAGCGGCAGUCGAUGAUGGGCAGAACCACAACCAAAGUUGGAUAGGAUCCACAGGAUUGUAUUGUUUUCCCUCUGCGACAACACAAUUCCCCUCAGUUUCUCUUCCUGCCAUCACAUCUCCCUCCUACAGUGUAGGUUUUGAUUUCAUGUUUUCGAAAUGCUUUACUUUUGCCAUGUAAUUUUGUAAACCUCACACCCACUGAUUAUAUUAUUGUGUAUAUGAUUUUGUUGUCUUGGUUUUAUGUAUCUCGUUCUGUACCAAAGCCCUUUAAUGCUUUUGUGUUAGGAAUAUCCUAGAUAAAACUGUGAUAUUAGCUGUUGAUAAAACUGCAACCAGCAGAUGGUGCUUGUCAUAGAGUUUGGUCUCUGCAAGCAGGAAGAAAGCACUUUGUUACCUCCAAUAUGGUAUCCUGCCUUUCUCUAAACUCCACAUGGAACCAGAACAGAUUGUGUAAGUUUAAUUAUAAUCGCAAUUCAUCUGGUUGCAUUAAUGGUCUCAAACACCACUAUAAAGCAUUCAAACUUGUUAUUAAUCCCCCAAAGUAGCAUACAAGAGCUACAAUUUUGUAGACCAAAUUGUUUCCGGUGUUGUGUUACAGUUGUUUGAGGGAAGAAUUAAGCUAGACUUGCAUCAUGGGAUGCACUCUGCAGAAAAAGGAGAAUUAGCACAAUUCCCAGAUGUGCAGAUUUGCAUGGAGUCUUGGCUUUCUUUCGGGGUAUUUGGGGAGGAAAUUAUCUCAGAAAAUGAGACAAUCCACCCAAGAAAAUAUGUAUGCUGCAUACUUCUCCAAAACAAUAUAUAUGCUACAUACAUAUUAUCUUGGGUGGAUUGUCUCCUUUUCUAAAAUAAUUUCCUUACAAAAUGCCCCCAAAAGGAUGUCAAAACUCCAUGCAAAUCUGUGAAUUCUCCUAUACAUGAUUACAGCCAUGAUAUGGGGCACUUGAGGUGGGAGGCAUUGUCAAGGGCUUCUCUGUUGCCGAUGGAGUGUGUAUUCUCUAGCCAUAUUUUUAAGAAACCUACAAAUGUUGCUUUUUUGUAAUUUGCAUACUAUUCUAGUCUUCUCUUGUUCCUUAAACUUUCAGGGUUGGAGCAGACUAUCAAUCCAAAGCGGUAAUAAAGAUCCUCUUUACAUGAA